CUAGUUUCCGGCCUCUUUCUGUCCUCGUUCCCCCGGGUCUCUCUCCUUCUUCCCGUUCCCCCCCGCCAUAACCUAGGAACCGCACAGCUCGCUCCCCCUCCCCCCCUGAACAUGGCUAACGUCGUCGACACCAAACUGUACGACCUGCUCGGGGUGCAGCCCGGCGCCACCGAGAACGAGCUGAAGAAGGCUUAUCGCAAGCUGGCCAAGGAAUAUCAUCCAGAUAAGAACCCAAAUGCUGGAGAUAAGUUUAAAGAGAUCAGCUUUGCUUAUGAAGUCCUGUCCAACCCAGAGAAGAAGGAAUUGUACGACCGAUAUGGAGAGCAGGGACUGCGGGAAGGGAGUGGAGGUGGCAGCGGCAUGGAUGACAUCUUCUCGCAUAUCUUUGGCGGGGGCCUCUUUGGGUUUAUGGGUGGACAGAGCCGAAGUCGCAAUGGUAGGAGGAGAGGAGAGGACAUGAUGCACCCACUCAAAGUAACUUUAGAAGACUUGUACAAUGGAAAGACAACCAAACUUCAGCUAAGCAAGAAUGUGCUGUGUAGUUCCUGUAGCGGACAAGGUGGUAAGAGUGGAGCAGUCCAGAAAUGUACAGCCUGCAGAGGCCGAGGUGUGCGUAUAAUGAUCAGACAGCUGGCUCCAGGGAUGGUGCAGCAGAUGCAGUCCGUCUGUUCUGACUGCAAUGGGGAAGGGGAAGUAAUUAAUGAAAAAGAUCGCUGUAAAAAAUGUGAAGGCAAAAAAGUCAUCAAAGAAGUGAAAAUCCUAGAGGUUCACGUGGACAAAGGCAUGAAACACGGACAGAGAAUCACAUUCGCUGGAGAGGCAGACCAGGCCCCGGGAGUGGAGCCUGGAGACAUUGUGCUGGUGCUACAAGAGAAAGAAAAUGAGAGCUUUCAACGAGAGGGAAAUGACCUGCAUAUGACGCACAAGAUCGGUCUGGUUGAAGCAUUGUGUGGUUUCCAGUUCGCUUUCAAGCACCUUGAUAGCCGUCAGAUUGUUGUCAAAUAUCCUCCUGGAAAAGUGAUCGAGCCUGGCUCCGUACGUGUUGUCAGAGGUGAAGGCAUGCCACAAUAUCGCAAUCCCUUUGAAAAAGGAGAUCUGUUUAUUAAAUUUGAUGUCCAGUUCCCAGAAAACAACUGGAUCAACCCAGAGAAACUAACAGAACUUGAAGACCUUCUACCUGCCAGACCCGAAUCUUCAACAAUCGCCUCCGAAGCAGAGGAAGUAGACCUCCAAGAAUUUGACAGCACCCGUGGCACGGGAACCGGGCAGAGGCGUGAGGCAUACAAUGAUAGUUCAGAUGAAGAAAGCAGCCACCAUGGGCCUGGCGUACAGUGUGCGCAUCAGUAAACCUUUCCCUAUAAAGUUGCACAACAAAAAGGAUUACCUUUUGAAUUCUCUUCUUUCUGCCUGUUUUUUUUUUUUUUUAUCUGCAACCCAGCUGAAAAUUUUGCCCAAACAAUCCUUCCAAUAUGGGACAUCUCUGUUGCUGUAUGUGUAACUUAAAACAAAAAUGGUUCUAUAGUAUUUACAGAGUGUAUAAUUUAAUACUAACCACACACCUUACAUGCAGUUUCGACCAUUCUGUAGCUAAAGAAAGAAAAGAAACCAAAUCCCUUUUUUAAAUGAAGAGAUUAAAUUACUGCUCUCCAUACCAACUGCUUGAUUAUUAUUAUUAUUUUUUUUUUUUUUUUUACCAGUCUGUGUAGAUUUGGGUCAGGCAACAGGUAAUCCUUCUGAGGUUGAACUCUGAAUCUCAACGAGAUCUGGAGUUCCUCAGCAGCUGCUGGGCGCUGCAAGCUGCCUGCCCCUUGUGUAGAUUUUAUGUCUUCUGUUUUAUUUCAUACAUGUAAAAAAUUUUUUUUUUUUUUUUUUUUUUUUUUUUUUUUCUCUCUCCCCCUCCUGAAGCUGUGUAUUUUUUGGCUGCACUUACAUGAGCUGCUACAUAUAGAAUAAAAAAUUUCACGGCCUGUAUUUCCAGUACCAAUAA